AACACUCUAUACAAAAUGAAUAAAGUGCAAAUUUUACUCGCAUUGGCUCUUGUUGCGUGCUUUUGUGUUACAUUAACUAAAUCUUUAAGUUGCUACAUUUGUGAUAGUUCGUCGGGUCAAAAUUGCAAUCACACCACAACCACCGCAACUUGCAACUCCUCAUUGGCCCAGCAAACAGUGAAUUAUGGGGUCCAAUACUUAAAUGCGAAUUUAACACAGCUGAAUGCAACCAGUUCAACUUACAAUUGCGUCUAUGAUUUAAUUUCAGCAGGCACCACCAAUCACACCUACCUCGGUUGCGUUUACAGUACGGUGAACAUUUGCAACUUUACACCAAGGUCGUAUACAGCUCGCCACUGCUUAGUGUGCAGCGGUAACAAUUGCAAUCGCAAUCCAGCGGAUCGCGCCACUGGCAGCAUCUUCACAUUGACUGCGGCCAUUGUUUUGGCAUUUGUGGCAAAAAUUAUGUACAACUGAGUGGUCUCCAAAUAUUUUUUUUAUUUUUUUUUUUGUAAAAUAAAUAAUUGUUGUUAUUAGUAUUUAUUAGUACAUUAAAAUUUGCUCAAAUCUAAAAUAUUAAACAAAGUGUCUUAAAAUAAAUUCUCGUUUUUCAACUAAAACUUCUUUAGCUGAACGGA